AUGGCACUUUGUUUGGCUAACUCAUUGAUAGCUCGUCGUGAUUUUGUUGCUUAUGACCAAUUGGUUCGCUACAAAUGGUGGUAUCGACAUGGAUAUAUGUCGUCAACUGGACAUUGCUUUGAUAUUGGUUCAGCUACUAGACAAUCCAUUCAAGAAUUUGAAACGCGUCAAAGAAAAUUUGCACAAGACCAUAAUAUUUCCGGUGAGGAAAUAGACUCUCUAUCUGAUCCUAAAAUUCUUAGCCAAUUUGACGUGAAAUGUAGCAAAAGUGAAGUGGCCGGCAAUGGAGCUCUUAUGCGUCUCGCACCUGUACCACUCUUCUUCUAUCGAGAUCCUGAAAAAGCUAUUGAAUAUUCAGGUCAAAGCGGUCAAAUUACACAUGGAGAUAAGAAAGCGUAUGAUGCAUGUCGUUAUUAUGGAGCUCUAAUUGUUGCUACUCUCCAAGGUGCGACGAAAGAAGAGCUGCUUAGUGACACGUUUUAUAAAAAUCAUGAAAAAUGGUUCGGCAGUAAGGUCCUUCAUGAAGAUAUUAUGAACAUCAUCAAAGGAUCUUUCAAAAAGCAAGGCGGCUAUGAAGAAGGAAUUAGAGGAAAAGGAUACGUGGUCAAUGCCCUUGAAGCUGCUUUGUGGGCAUUUUGGAGUGACAAUGAUUCGUUUGAAAAAGGAGCUCUCAACGCUGUUAAUCUGGGUGAUGAUACGGAUACAACAGCAGCCAUAUAUGGACAGUUGGCUGGCGCAUACUAUGGCUUUCAAAAAUUGCCUACUAAAUGGGUUGAUUCUGUCUAUGCUAAACAUUUUCUUCAAUGUAUAAGUCACUGGAUCAUCUAUGAAGGAGCGCAAUGGUUCAAGAAUCAGAAGUCAUCAGUUGUGGUCAAACCAACAAAUUAUUCCAAUGUAAAGUCUGCUACUACGGCACCUAAUAUAAUUUCAAAUUCAAUACAAAAAGUUGAACUCAAUAGCCAUAAACAAUCCGAUACAGUUUAUUCAUCAGUAUACACUUCAUUAGCCACCAUGGAUCGCAAGGCAAUUGAUUCUAACGGUCGCAUUGGAUCUUUCUAUGAUGGACAGCAGGAUCGUAUAGUAAAGUCAUUAGAUUCGUGUGUCAAUAAACAAAUCAAGCAACUGAAUUUCUCUGCAACAUGUUUCAUCGAAAACGGUGAUAACUCUAAAUGUCGAAAUCUUCUUCGACUUAUAGGUUUUGAUGAUGAACUUCCAUUGAGUAUAGCAUCAGACAUCGUUUUACCAAAAGGCACGAGUCUUUAUCCGACGAUAUAA